AUGGCCGACUUCGAGGACCAGGACUGGAAGCCCGGCGCCCUCAACCUGCGGCGCGAGGUGCACGUGCGAACGACCUCCAAAACCUACGUCGUGACGCAGGACGCCAACUCGUCCGAGCCCGGCGCCAUGCUCUGGGAGGUGUCCAUCAUCGUCGCGAAGCUCCUCGACGCGGGCGCGCUCGGCGACGACGCGGAUCUGGCGGGACGGGCCGUCUUGGAGCUCGGCGCCGGCUGCGCGGUCGCGGGCAUGGCCUACGCGCUGAGGGGCGCGCGCGUGACCUUCACGGACCUGCCGGCGCUCUGCGGCCACGUGCGUGACAACGUCGCGCGGAACCUCGGGCCCGACGGCUACCGGGUGGUGCCCUACGACUGGUGCGACGGCCGCCCGGCGACGCUCGUUGGCGAGGCGUUCGACGUGGUCCUCGGCACGGACUGCGUCUACCACGCGCACCUCGUGGAGCCGUUCCUCGACGCGCUCGACGCCGUCGCGGGGCCGCGGACGACGGUGGUCCUCGCGUUCGAGCGCCGCGACGAGGCCGUGCUCGCGGCGUUCGAGCGGGGGCUCCGCGACAUGUUCAAGUGCCGGCCCCUGCUGUCCACGAAGAAGCUGCGGGCGAUCCUCGGCGACGACGUGCUCCUGCGGCCGGCGGACGACGGCGGCGAGCCGGACGCGCGCUGGCUCAGCAUCCUCGUCUGCAAGAAGCGCAAGUCGUACCGCGGCGACCGGUCCCGGCGCGCGCGCGCGGACGGCGGCGCCAAGGCCGCCUUCGACGCGACGCGCGCCGCCUUCCUCGCGGAGCGGGGGCUCGACUAG